UUACAGAAUAAGCAAGUACGAAGUAAUUUGUGAAAUUAACAGAAUAAGCCAGUAUUGUGUUAUAAGUGAUCUAAUUGUUGAAACAAGCACACAUUUCAGUAGGAACUGCCUUACCUAAAAAGUUACAAAACUUGCUUCUCACAUCUUUUGAAAUGAUAAAUUUCCAUUAUAGAGACAUAUCAACUGAAGGUGUGAAUGCGAAACUUGGAAAAACAUUACGAUACUAGGUGUUUUUUCUUACAGGAUAUCUAUGAACUAUACAGGAAUUCGAUAUUCUGUAUAAUGGAUUUUUUAAAUUACAUCAAAAGUUUGUUUAGUUUCAACUUUCCAGAACCUUUGAAGAAGAGGAGGAUUACAGAUGAUUUUGAUGAUCUAGACUUAUUUAGCAGUCCCAAAUUCAGGAGAAUUCAAAGUCCCAUUCGUAGAGAAAUGGAUGAUAUUUUAAUUUCCCCUGAUGUUAUCAGAAGACCAAUUAGAAAUCUAAAAUCUCCAAGGAAUGCAAUACCGAAAGAAAUUAUUAUACUUGAUGAUGAUUAUCCCAGAAAUGAACAGAGAUUCAGAAAAAAAUAUACUUCAACUCCUGCAGAUGCAGGUUUGAGAGAAGACGAUGAAAUCAAAUUUGUUGGUGAAUACAAAUCAUCUGAUAAAAAGAGAGAUUUCCAGAAAAAUAGUUGCAGAUUUGUAAAACCUCUUUCCUUAUUUCAUAGUGUUCUACCAGAAAGACGAAAUAGUUGUAGAAAUAUUUCAAAGUCAUUGAUGAAUGGUAAUAAUAAUGGCAAUAGGCUUACACAAGUAUCUUCAUAUACAACCAGAUUGGAUGAUAAAAAAGAAUUUCAAAAUCUCUUGGAGUCUCAUUUAUCUGCAGAAAAUAGUUACAAUGACAGUUCUCAGUAUUUCACUCCAAAUAGCCGCUUGUCUAAGUAUGAUUUCAGCAGUAGAGGGAAGAAGAUUUUAUCGUUAUCACGGCAGAAUUCCCGAAAUAAUUCUGGGGUAGGACCUCUCAUUGACCUCACACAUGAAGACCAGAACGGAAGUAGUUCAUCUGGGAAGUUAUCUGUGAGGGAUAAAAUAAAAAAAGUUCUGAGUAGUUUUGAUGAUGAGCCAGUGGAAAUUCCUGAUUCAGAGUCUGAUUUGGAAAUUUUACCUAGGCCUCCUACUCCAGAGCCUGAUAUCAAGGUAGAACCUAUCAACUCCUUCCAAAAAAUUGUUGAUACAUCCUAUGUUUCCAAUCAAAAAUGGUUGGCAGAUCUGGUCGAAAGUCAUAGGAAACAGAUUGAGGAUAGAACCAGAGAUAUAAAACAUCUUGAAGAGUCAUCCAAGAAGUUGAAUGAAAUAAAUAGGGAUAUAAGAAUAGGAAAUCUUACAAGACAAGUAGAUAGAUGUCUUCAAAUAAAAGAAGCUAUUUUGCCUAUCGAGGUAGAAGAACCAGAAUUACCCCAACUUACUCCACAACAGUAUGCACUGGUAGACAAAGCAUUUAAAGGAAAUCCUAAUGAAGUCCUGGUGAGAAAAUUCAACUUGAACAUUACCAGAAAGGAUAUACUUACUUUAGCUGGCUUGAACUGGUUAAAUGAUGAGGUGAUAAAUUUCUACAUGAAUCUCAUCAUGGAUAGAAGCAAUACAGGAAAUGGAAACUACCCAAAAUCAUAUUGCUUCAACACAUUUUUCUAUCCAAAAUUGCUUAAGGAUGGGCCAGAGUCUCUAAGAAGAUGGACACGAAGAGUAGACCUCUUUUCUAUGGAUAUCAUAUGUAUACCAAUUCAUUUGGGCGUCCAUUGGUGUAUGUCCAUCAUUGAUUUCAGGAACAAGUCAAUCAAAUAUUAUGACAGUAUGGGCAGCAGCAAUCAAAAAUGCUUAAAUGCCCUAAGGAAGUACCUUGAAAGUGAACACAUGGACAAAAAGAAAACUGCAUAUGACACUAGUGAGUUCACUGCAGAAUGUGUGAGAGAUAUUCCCCAACAAAUGAAUGGCAGUGACUGUGGAAUGUUUUCUUGCACAUUUGCAGAGUUUUAUUCCCGCGACGCCAAAUUUACGUUUAAACAAGAUGAUAUGCCCUACCUUCGUAGCAAAAUGGUAGUUGAGAUCAUUACUGGAGAACUUUUAAUAAAAUGAGGUAAUAAUACAUUUUUUAUGGCAGUGCAUGAUGAAAAAAUGUAAUUUUGUCAGUGAGUUAUGGUGAUAACCCCGAAAAAUUCUACUGGAGUUAUGCUGUGCAAACUUAAAUACUAAGAAUUCAAACUGUAUAUUUAUCGAGUAAUUUUUUUCUUGGAUUUAAUUUUUUAUACUGUAUGUUGUAGGUACUGAAGUAUUUAUGUGUUUAUACUGAACAAACUCAUUAUUUCAAUUCUAAAUAGAAGCAUUUAACCACCUCUGAAAAUUAUCAUUUCACUCUUCAUUCGAGUUUCACUUCAUAAAAAUAUGGUGCAAACUUUCAAAUAUGAAAAUUGAGUUAUAAAAAAAGAAUAAUCACACUGAUAACCUUGAAUUUCUUGAAGGAAAUGUAAUGGCUAGAAACAUGUUCUUUAAAAUCACUUUCUUUAUAUCAAAGGGUUUUUUUUAUAAUUUGAGUUAUUUUCAUUUGUAUAUGAUUUCGACAAAUUGUGUCGAAUAGUAUGUUACAGCAGAAAAUCUUCUUUUUUUCCUCAAAAAAACAUGUUCCUGACAACUGUGGAGCUCCUCGUUUAAUGAAACUGGCUACAACCAUUAUAUUUUCACAUUGUAUUUCAAAAAAGUAUGUUUUUAGUUAAUUUCAUCUAUUGCGAGUUCAAAUAUUCAUUCUCAUUCCUUAUAAUAAUGAAUAAUAUAUGUAAUACCUGAUUAAAUGUUGACCUUUCGGUAACACAUUUUGUCUUUUCAAUUACUGUUCGAAAUAGAUGGACAUAAUUUGCAUUA